GGCAAAGUGUGAGGACGCUUGGCUUGAUAUCGCACCCAUUUAUUAGCAACACUUCAACGUCAGAUUCCUCUGCCACCAAAACCAAAACUCUCUUCUCUCAUCUCUCUCUUUCUCUCUCUCUUCACAAACAAAACACAACUAUGUCUUCUGCAUAGACAACAGAAACCACCUGCUUUCUGAAUUCUGUAGGAAAAGGUUAACAAACAGCAUCAAUGGGUUCAGGGGAUUCUUCGUCCACAAAGCUCUUUCUGUUCAUGCUUCCUCUCGUGCUUGUUGCAGGGCUGGUUUCUGUUUUGGGUCCUAGCCCCUCUAGUUGGUUUUCCACUGCGAAGCCACCGGUGUUAUUAUUGAGCUCUGUUACUUCCUCAGCUGCUAAUAUUGGUGCUGUGACCACCCCUUCUGAGGUGAAGCAGAGAGAAGAGUUGCUGGUUGUGGCCGUGGAUAAUCGUGCCGGAGAGAAUCUUAUCUCCGAUGACACUCACUUCAAUCUCUCCUCUACUCCUCCAUUUUCUGUUCAGGCCAUACAACAACAUAGCAGGGAUGAACAAAACGUUCCCCAAAAUUUGGGCAAUGUGAGUUCCGUGAACGAGUCUUAUGUUCCAGCAGAGAGGCCAAAACUGGAAAGAAAAUUCAGCAUCUUAGACAGGACCGAAGCAGGUCUAAUAAAAGCUCGAGCUGCGAUUAGAGAAGCAAGAAACGGAAAUCAAACGCAUGAUACAGACUACGCUCCUAUUGGACCAAUGUACAUGAAUGCCAAUGCAUUUCACAGGAGUUACUUGGAAAUGGAGAAACAGCUGAAAGUGUAUGUGUACGAAGAAGGGGAGGCUCCGGUUUUUCAUAACGGACCUUGCAAGAGCAUAUACUCGAUGGAGGGGAAUUUCAUCCAUGCUAUUGAGAUGAACGAGAAAUUCCGAACAAGAGAUCCUGAGAAAGCACAUGUUUUUUUCUUACCUUUUAGUGUAGCAAUGCUGGUCCAAUUCGUGUAUGUACGAGACUCUCAUGACUUUAGCCCCAUAAAAAAAACUGUCACGGAUUACAUCGACGUCAUCGCAGGAAGAUACCCCUAUUGGAACAGAAGCCUUGGAGCCGAUCAUUUCUAUCUUGCUUGCCACGAUUGGGGGCCAGAGACUUCGCGCUCGGUUCCUAAUUUGAAAGAUAAUUCGAUACGCGUGUUGUGCAAUGCUAACACUUCUGAGGGAUUCAAGCCCUCGAAGGAUGUCUCUUUGCCGGAAAUUAACCUCCAAAGUGGUUCCAUAAUCGGUUUGAUCGGUGGGCCGUCUGCUUCGAAGCGUCCACUCUUGGCUUUCUUUGCCGGUGGUCUUCACGGCCCAAUUAGGCCGGUUCUUCUUGAACAGUGGGAAAACAAGGACGAGGACAUAAAGGUUCAGAAGUACCUUCCGAAGGGUGUGUCGUACUAUGAGAUGCUGAGGAAGAGCAGGUUCUGUCUUUGUCCCAGUGGGUACGAGGUGGCGAGUCCGAGAGUGGUGGAGGCAAUCUACACAGGGUGUGUCCCAGUUCUGAUUUCGGAUCACUAUGUCCCUCCGUUCAGUGAUGUUUUGAAUUGGAAGUCGUUUUCCGUUGAGGUUUCGGUUGAGGAGAUUCCGAAAUUGAAGGAAAUUUUGUUGAGUAUUUCUCCAAGACAGUAUAUAAGAAUGCAGAGGAGAGUGGUACAAGUUAGGAGGCACUUUGAGGUGCACUCUCCUCCCAAGAGGUUCGAUGUCUUUCACAUGAUCCUUCAUUCUGUAUGGCUUAGAAGAUUGAACUUUAGAGUCCACGAUCAUCAAUCACAACUCUCUUAGUUUCCCAUUGUUAUCCUAUGUAAUAUGCUGUCAUUUUUUU